AUGCCAGCAACCACAUUGGCUGGUGUAGCUAGUGCUCGCCGUUCGUAUGUGAAUCCAAGAGCGUGGCAUAUCAUUCGUGCUCCCAUUGGAUACGUCCGCUCUGGACUACGCAUCAGUCAAGGCAACUCAUUCCAUGUCACGGCACGCUUGCCAUAUGCAUCUUCAGAUUCGAUUACAUGGAGUAAAAAAAACAGUCAAAUUAACAAGAAGGAAGAGAAAAAGCCUGAGAAACAAGAACACGAGCCGGAUCGUCCUUUCGACAAGGAACCGUCCAUGCCGCUCGUUAGUCCUACGGCGGAAGACUUACUCAAGCAGCGCUUUCUUCAUGCUCAAAAACGUUCACCUGGAAAUACGCUUAUGACGGGAGGUAGCGGCAGCCCGAAAGACAUGCCUUCGUUCCUUCGCGGACGCAGUGUACGUGAACUAGUGGAUGCCACCAAAACUAACACAGAUAAGGAUCUUGGCCUACCCUCGAGUUCAACAGUGACGCAGUCAUCUGCAUCCUCUACGCCGGCUUCGUCGUCUGCCUCGCAGGUCCCUGACGAUACGAGUCUCAUGGGGAUGGCAUCGUCGUCUUCUUCCAAGUUAGGAAGUGGCCGGAAAAGCGAGUUGACAAAGACGCGCACACCUAUGGACAGCUUGGAGAGCUCGUUUUCCGAAAAUACCGUUGGUCCGUUACCAACAUUUCAGACCCCAGCUUUGGCCCCGAUCCAGCGCGGCGACAUGUCCCUAUUACCUGACCAGCCCUUCGACUCGCAUGUGUUUGUACGGCAGCUCGAAGCUGGAGGCUGGAAAGCACACGGUGGGGCGUUCCCUGUGACGACGUCAGAUAUGCCAGCAUCGGAUGUAACCUCCUCAAAUGAGAGCGUACCUCAUCGACAUGAUCCUGCAGAAGCGAUCAUGGAUUUGACACGUUCUCUGCUCAAAGAACAUGGCAAGAAACUGAUUCACCAGCACAUCAACCGAAGUGAUCUCGAUAACCAGCUCUAUCUAUUCUCGUCCGCACUGGCCGAACUACGCACAGAAGUGCGUGUCAGAGCGCGGAACGAUGCCGCUGCACUACGUAGCAUCACCUUGCUUCUCGAGCGCGAGAUCGAUGGACUUACGCAGAAACUGCAGUCCGAUAUCGAGCAGUUGAAGCACGAUAUCCAAGUGGAGCAAAAUACCCGCAAGACCGAAGUGCAGGAGGAAAGCAACAAUCUAGAGCAGGAAAUUCAGGACCUGAACAACCGCUUCACGAUCUUUCUCAGUGAUCUUCGUACUGAGAUUGAGCAGAGCAUCAAAUGGGAUACAACACGUCGCGCUUUGGCGCUCGUUUUUGGCAUUGUGGCUAUCAUGGUGUGUACCUUGGCCAUGGCGGACUAUUUCACUCGUACACCGGCGCAACAAGUACCUGAAGCUGAUGCGGCGCACGGCACGUCACAGCAUGGAACGUCGCCCUCACCACCCAUCCAACAUGCACCGCGUGUUCCGGUGCCCAUCGAUCAUACCCUGGCAGACGACCACGACGCCCAAAGAAUACCGCCACAGUCGGCUGAGGAGCUCGGUCUUUUGCCACGCUACGACGCCGAUGAAGUUCGUUACGUGUAG